AUGGGGGAAGUAACGGCUGCUUUGAAAGCCGUGGAAGACACCCCGAGGGACGUCCCCCUACGGCUACUCCUCUCCUCAAUGUCUCUGGCCAAACAGCUGGUGACGAAACUGCCCACCUGGGAAGACCAUGGGUGGAUAGGCGUCCAAGGAAGCCUACUAUUCAGAGCACUGGUGAACCAGCUGAGGCAGCGGUGCGCGCCGACAACCCUCGGGAUGGUGUCGUGUGCCAAAGAGUACGAAGUCCGCAACUCAGCCAUAGACCUAGCGAAGGAGCGCUACCUGAGCCAGCGAUCGGUGUCAGUGUCCCCGAAGAUUGAUAGGUCUUUCGACCUCUCUGGAGCGAAACUGGCCACACUCACCCAAGCCAUAGCCUACAAAGGCAUCCUGAGCAAGCGCGGGACGGUGGACCGCCCGCGCACUACUGGACGAGUACGUGCGACGCUGGAGCGAACGAGCAAACCGGGUGACCCGGCUCCACCUGCACAGAUGCUGUGGAAAAGCCUUCGGAAUAGGGAUAUACACAGGCGCAUUGUCGACUUCCUAUGGAAGGGCUUGCACGAUGCGCACAAGAUAGGCGCGUUCUGGGUGCACAUCCCAGGCUACGAGGAUAGGGCCGACUGCCGCCGGUGCGGCGCCCGCGAAUCGCUGGCCCACAUCGUCACGGAGUGCCACCUCCCGGGCCAGGACCUGAUCUGGUCAAUGACUGGUGCGAUGUGGAAAAAGAAGGCAAGGGCCUGGUCUAAACCCUCCCUUGAAGAUGUCCUGGCGGUGGGCCUCGGGCGAUACCCCCGCCCGGCGAACACCAAGCCGAGGGAGGACCUUGCCCGCCUGUGGCGGAUCAUAGUGCCUGAAGCUGCCUACCUAGUCUGGAAGUUACGCUGCGAACGAGUAAUUGAGCAUGCGGAUGACCCGGACUGGACGCACUCCACCCGAGAGAUCACGCGUCGAUGGUAUGCGGCCAUGAACAGACGUCUUCAGCUGGACCUCAUAGCGACACGCAAGAGUUUCGGGCUCUUGGCGAAGUCAGAAUUGAUGGUGAUGGCGACGUGGACAGGCACCAUAGGCGAUGAACAAGGCCUCAUGGAGUACUGGACAAGAUUACCGCGGGUUUUAGUGGGUAUUGACCCGGGCUUCUGUCGUACAGCGAUAGACCCGGGAUGA